ACACCCAUCUACUCAUAAACAGGCAGACCAUGUGUUUCUCUUGUCCUGGUUGGAUGAACAAAUCUUCUUUAUGUGCAUUGCUGCUUGCCCUGUUGCCUAGACGAUAACUUGCUCUUGCUGAAGAUGUCUGGCUCUCGUAAAGAGUUCGACGUGAAGCAGAUUUUAAAAAUCAGAUGGAGGUGGUUUGGGCACCAGCAAUCUACUCCUAAACCUAGCAUCGACUGCCAGCCAGGAGACUUCUGGGACAGAGGACAUAAUGCAACUACUGGUGGGAUAAAGUUCCUGAAUCCAGGCACCCUACCACUGCCUUUUACAUCAAUUGGUUUUCCGAAGUCCAACCAACAGGAUUUCCAGAAUUCACCUUCUUGGCCAAUGGCAUCCAGCUCUGAAGUGCCUACAUUUGAGUUCAUCGCAGAGGACUGUGAAGGUGCACAUUGGCUUGAAAGACCAUAUGCUGAAGACGGAGCUAGUGAAGAAGAAAAUGUAUCUGACAGCAGUUCAUGCAGGACCUCUAGUAGCAGCCAGACUCUGUCAUCGUGUCAUACAAUGGAGCCUUGUACAUCCGAUGAAUUUUUCCAGGCUCUCAACCAUGCAGAGCAAACCUUUAAAAAGAUGGAAAAUUACCUGAGACACAAACAGUUGUGUGAUGUAGUAUUAGUUGCUGGUGACCGUCGGAUUCCAGCACACAGAUUAGUGUUGUCUUCUGUCUCAGACUACUUUGCCGCCAUGUUUACUAAUGAUGUAAGAGAGGCAAGACAAGAAGAAAUCAAAAUGGAAGGUGUUGAGCCAAAUGCACUAUGGGCUUUGGUGCAAUAUGCAUAUACAGGUCGCCUUGAAUUAAAAGAAGAUAAUAUUGAGUGCCUGUUAUCUACAGCAUGUAUUCUUCAGCUUUCUCAGGUUGUAGAAGCUUGCUGUAAAUUUUUAAUGAAGCAGCUUCAUCCAUCAAAUUGCCUUGGAAUCCGGUCCUUUGCCGAUGCACAGGGUUGCACGGAUUUGCACAAAGUAGCCCACAAUUACACCAUGGAUCAUUUCAUGGAAGUAAUUAGAAACCAAGAAUUUUUAUUGUUACCAGCCACUGAAAUUGCAAAGCUUUUAGCAAGUGAUGAUAUGAAUAUUCCAAAUGAAGAGACCAUCCUCAAUGCAUUGCUUACAUGGGUGAGACAUGAUUUGGAACAAAGAAAGAAGGAUCUCAGCAACCUCCUGGCAUACAUCAGGCUGCCAUUACUUGCACCACAGUUUUUAGCAGAUAUGGAAAACAAUUCACUCUUCAGAGAUGACAUUGAAUGUCAAAAACUCAUUAUGGAAGCAAUGAAAUACCAUCUGUUACCAGAGAGGCGGCCCAUGUUGCAAAGUCCUCGUACAAAACCUAGAAAAUCUACAGUUGGUGUGUUGUUUGCAGUUGGCGGCAUGGAUGCGACUAAAGGAGCAACAAGCAUUGAAAAAUACGAUCUCCGUACCAAUAUGUGGACUCCUGUAGCAAAUAUGAAUGGAAGAAGACUACAAUUUGGAGUAGCAGUAUUAGAUGAUAAGUUGUAUGUUGUUGGUGGUAGAGAUGGACUGAAAACACUGAAUACAGUGGAGUGUUACAACCCAAAAACAAAAACUUGGAGUGUGAUGCCACCUAUGUCCACUCACCGACAUGGUCUGGGGGUGGCGGUACUGGAAGGUCCUAUGUAUGCUGUAGGAGGACAUGAUGGCUGGAGCUAUCUGAAUACCGUCGAAAGAUGGGAUCCACAGGCACGUCAGUGGAACUUUGUGGCUAGCAUGUCAACCCCAAGGAGCACAGUGGGUGUAGCAGUAUUAAGUGGAAAGCUAUAUGCAGUUGGUGGUCGAGAUGGAAGUUCUUGUCUCAAAUCUGUAGAAUGCUUUGAUCCUCAUACUAACAAGUGGACACUCUGUGCUCAGAUGUCAAAACGAAGAGGUGGCGUUGGGGUAACCACCUGGAAUGGGUUUCUCUAUGCUAUUGGAGGCCAUGAUGCACCAGCUUCUAACUUGACAUCCAGGCUGUCUGACUGUGUGGAAAGGUAUGAUCCCAAAACUGAUAUGUGGACUGCCGUAGCUUCCAUGAGCAUCAGCAGAGAUGCAGUGGGAGUCUGCCUUCUUGGAGACAGAUUGUAUGCUGUUGGGGGAUAUGAUGGACAGACCUACCUUAACACAGUGGAGUCUUAUGACCCCCAGACAAAUGAGUGGACACAGGUUGCACCAUUGUGCCUUGGAAGAGCUGGGGCAUGUGUCGUGACUGUAAAGCUCUAAUUACAAAGAUAUCUUUCUCUUCUGUAGACUCGGGGGGUGCCCCCAAGUUACUAAAUUAUAAUCAUAUAAGGUACUGUGUAUCUUCACAGGGCAAAGAGUUUGGUCUUAAUCUAUUA